AUGCAACAUCCACUCCUUAGCAUUGCAUUCCUUGCCUCUUUGGCCUCUGGCUAUUGGCUGCCCGAGACACUGGGCAAAGAUCAGUUCAAAACUUGCGUCGUCCCCAAGUCCAAAGGCGAUGACGCCCCGACCAUUCUUUCGACAGUCAAGUCAUGCGGCAGCAACUCCCGCGUGGUCUUCAGCGCCGGCACAGAAUACAGUCUCCUCACUCCCUUGAAGUUCACCGGCCUCACAAAUGUAGAGUUCCAACUCGAGGGUAACCUCACCCUCUCAGACGACCCGGCCGCCGUCUCCGCUGUCGUCAACAACCUCACCAUAUACCCAGGCCACUGGAUCACCGUCGCCAACAGCAAGGGCGUCACAUUCACCGCCACCACCUCCCAGGGAGGCGGCUGGAUCAACGGCCACGGCGACAAGUGGUGGUCCAGCGCCAACGUCAGCAGCAACAAUGGACGCCCGCACAUGUUCUCGUUCGGCGUGACGAGCCUGCGGCUCCGGGGGCUCAAGAUCCUCAACCCCGUGGCGUGGUGCUUCUCGAUGGGCGGACAGGAUGUGUACAUGACCGACACCGUGCUGGACGCGCGCUCCAAGAAUGGGUUCCCGUUUAACACGGACGGUAUCGACGUUGGCGGUUCCGAUAUUGUUAUUGAUGGGUGGACAAGCUGGAACGGCGACGACAUCAUCAACGUCUCCCCGCCGGCCGUCAACGUGACCAUGCGCAACGUUGUCGGAUACGGCACGCACGGAAUCUCCGUCUCUUGUGCGUCUGGCUCGGGUAGUGGGUACCUAUUUGAAAAUACAGAGAUUCACGACUCGCUGUUGGGAGCUCGCUUCAAGGGCUCCGUGGGCACAACGUGCCAGAUUUCGGAUGUUACCUGGCGCAACUUCACAAUCACAAACACGGCUUACCCCGUUCACUUCAUCGAGAACUACGUCGAUCAAGAGAAGGGGGCUGCCGGAAAGGACGCUUCCCUGGCUGCGUUUGCAAAGAAUUUCCACUGGGAGAACAUCAAGGCGCACACUGGUAAGGGUCUCACGGACGGCAGCUGUACUUCCAACCCCUGCUGGAGUCAAACUCUGGGCGCCUCAACCAAGAAGGGCUUGUACGUUAUAUGCAAAGACGCGGCGCAUUGCCAGGACUUCACUUUCAAGGACAUCACCCUCGUGACAGCUGAUGGAAGUGCAGGUGAGAUGGAAUGUGUUGGACUUGAAGGAGCCACUGGUCUCGGCAUCCCAUGCACGAAUGGUACUUUGACCGGAGGUAAGUAG